CCCACACCUUCUUUGCCCCUUAUGCGCCUCCAUCUCUUAUUCCUCUCACCUACCUUUCAACUCUCUCUCUCUCUCUCUUUCUUUUUUCCUUUUAAUUUCAUUUCUCUUACCUGAUUUCAAAUCUUCGCUUCCUUUUUUUUUUGUUUCCUUUCUUUUUUUCUUUCUUAAUUUAAAAAUUGUUUCUUUUUUUGUGUGUGUGUGUGGAAUUAUUGAUGGGUUGUACAAGUUCUAAGCUCGACGAUCUCCCGGCGGUUGCUCUUUGCCGUGAACGCUGCGGUUUCCUAGAAGCGGCGAUUCGGCAACGUUACCUUUUAGCCGAAUCACACGUGGCGUACACUCACUCGCUCAGAGGAAUCGGUCACUCUCUCCAUCUCUUUAUCAACCACCACCACCGCUUCGUCGCUUCCGGCGGCGCUACCGCCGGCGGAGAUUCUCCCAGGCUUAAUCUUCCUCCUCAGAGAAAAGGCGACCCUCAAGGAGAAGACGUCGACGACGACGACGGCGACGGAGGAAAUUCCCCCAAAAAAGCAAAAAAGCUACCUUCUUCACACAAACACGCUCUCUCGGGUUCGGGUUCUGAUUCGGGUCAUCUCGAAUUCGAUUCGGAUUCCGAUGAUGAUGAUGAUGACGACGAAGAUGGCCAUUUGGAUUUGGAUUCGGAUCAUUCUCCUCAACACCACCAUCUUGGGAAUUUCCCGAUACACGAGCCCGGCCCAUACAUGGAACCACCGGGUUAUACCCGAUACCCGAACCCGGAAAUGAUGGGUCAUUUUCCUCCUCCUCCUUACUCGGGAGGAGGAAGCUAUAUGCACAUGAAUUACAUGAAGAACAAAUCCAUGCCUCCUUCAGUUAUCUAUGAGCAAAGACCAAGUAGCCCUCAAAGAGUCUACAUGGGCGAAUCAUCCUCUUCUUCUUCCUCUAAUUAUCCUUACAAUCCAUAUCCUCCAAGUUCUUAUUUCGGAUACUCAAAUCCCGGACCCGGACCCGGAUUCUACGGUUCUUCAGCUGCUGCUGCUUCCGCCGCGGCUGCCUCGAAACCGCCUCCGCCUCCUCCGUCGCCGCCUAGGUCUAACGGGUGGGAUUUUUUGAACCCGUUCGAUACUUAUUAUCCUCCGUACACUCCGAGUCGAGAUUCGAGAGAGCUAAGAGAGGAAGAAGGUAUCCCGGAGCUGGAGGACGACGAUUCACAGUACGAGGUUAUUAAGGAAGUUCACGGGAAACCGAAAUUCGCCGCCGGUGGUGGUAAUAAUCAUCCCAAACCCGCCGCCGUUUACAGGGAAGAUCCUCCGUCUCCGCCACCACCAGCUGAUAAAUCCGGCGCCAGCACUAGCGGCGGAGAUGCAGCAGAUGCGUCCAUGUAUCAGUCUAGACCAAGCGUGUCGGUGGAGAAGAAAGGUGUGGAGUACGAAGUGCACGUUGUUGAGAAGACGGUUGUUGAAGAUGCCGGGAACGAGGAAAGACGGAGCAAUGCCACGGCCACACGUGGCGGAGGUGGUGGUGGUGGAGGGCCACGUCCGGUGCCUGAGGUUGCGAAAGAGAUCGAGGAUCAAUUCGUGAAAGCUGCAGAGUCGGCAAGUGAGAUCGCCAAGUUACUUGAAGUGGGGAAGCAUCCUUAUGGUCGCAAACAUGUUACAUCCAAGUUGUUGCACGGAGUUACUCCUUCGUUACCUUCUACCUCUGGAGGAUCUUCUGCUGCUGCUGCUGCUGCGCCGCCAAGUUAUGCAGACAUUGAAGAGGAGCUUGCUUCUAGGUCGAGGAAUCUUUCUUCAACAUUGCACAAGCUCCAUCUAUGGGAGAAGAAGCUUUACCACGAAGUGAAGGCCGAGGAAAAACUGCGUGUAGCUCACGAGAAAAAGCUAAGGAAGCUAAAGCGUUUGGAUCAAAGAGGUGCCGAAGCUAAUAAAGUGGAUACAACACGGAAACUAGUGAGAGACAUGUCCACAAAGAUACGGAUUGCGAUUCAGGUUGUGGAUAAAAUAUCUGUUACAAUUAAUAAGAUAAGAGAUGAAGAUCUAUGGCCGCAAUUGAAUGCAUUGAUUCAAGGGCUUACAAGAAUGUGGAAAGCGAUGCUUGAGUGUCAUCAAAGUCAGUGUCAGGCUAUUAGAGAAGCUCGAGGAUUAGGCCCCAUAAGAGCGAGCAAGAAACUAGGUGAAGAACAUCUAGAGGCAACGAGUUUGCUUGGACAUGAGCUUAUUAACUGGAUAUUGGGAUUCUCGAGCUGGGUUAGCGCGCAGAAAGGUUAUGUAAAAGAGUUGAAUAAAUGGUUGAUGAAGUGUCUUCUCUAUGAACCCGAGGAAACACCCGAUGGAAUCGUUCCUUUUUCACCUGGUCGGAUCGGAGCUCCACCAAUCUUUGUGAUCUGUAACCAAUGGUCUCAAGCUCUGGACAGGAUAUCAGAGAAGGAAGUUAUUGAGGCAAUGCGCAGUUUCACUACAAGCGUGCUUCAGCUUUGGGAACAAGAUCGGUUAGAAACGACGAUGAUGGGGCAGGGUGAUUCAGAGAAGAGAGUUAAGAACAUGGACAGGGAAGAGCAGAAGAUACACAGAGAGAUUCAAGCACUGGAAAAGAAAAUGGUUCUCGUGGCACAGAGUGAUGGUAAUAAUAGUCUUUCCAUAUCCGGUAACGUUGUCUACCAAAGCGACACUAGCAAUGAUAGUUUACAAGGUAGCUUGCAGCGUAUUUUUGAAGCUAUGGAGAGAUUCACUGCUGAAUCUAUGAGAGCUUAUGAUGAUCUCUUAAUCCGCGCUGAAGAAGAAACUGCUCCACGAGAACUCGAGGAAGAAGAGGAAUAAUAAGCAAAACAGCAGCGAGAUCUUUGCUUUAUCAAUUCAUGAGGUGUUUCAAAGCCGGAAUACUCGGUUAUUCGGUUUAGUAUACCGGAAAAUCUUCUGGAAUCAUCUGUAUCUCCUCACUGAGACUCGGGCAAGAAGAGCUUCAUCAGGAUGAUGAUCGUAGAGGAGGCAGGAACCGGGGCAAAAUGGUGGCCCAGUUGUUCGGUUUACAGAUGUGGUUAAGUGAAAUUGGGUCUGAACCGGAUGGUUUACAUGCCAUGGUAGAGAAAGGUUUGUUAACUUAAUAGUAUACCCACAUAUAACGCAGGUCGCAGAUAUUAGUUGAGUCUAAUAAUUUUAAACUUCGGGUAGUGUACAUAAGAUGCUUAGGACAAAACUUUUGAUAAUUCUCAACAAUUAUUUUGUAAAAUCUGAAGGUAGCUCAGACAUGUCUUUCUUUCUUUUGAUCUCGAUGAAGGGUCAUGUAAUAUUUCUCUGGACUUAAAAUUCUUUUUGUUUCUCAUAAAGACUUAAAAAGUUUGUUCA